GGGUAACAGAGAGGCUGAGUGGGGUAAGUGGGGGUAACUGGGACAUCCCAGUGCUCGUGUCGAGACUGUCAGAUCGAAUCGGGUCCUGCACACAGCUGACUUCUCCUUCACUUCCACUGCAGAGUUCAAGAUGCUGAAGAUGAGGGUGUGGAUCUUCUUCAUUCUGUGUCUGGUUGGCCACGCACUGGCUGCUCCUGCCGAGGAGGAGCUAGUCGUGGAGGAGCCCAUUGUGGAGGAGACAGAUGCUGAGGAGGCCGUCGUGGAGGUCAGUCCAGAUGUGGGGGCCAACCCGGUGCAGGUUGAGAUCGGAGACUUUGAUGAAGCCAUCGAGGUUGUUGAGGACGUCGUUGCUGAGAAUCCUUGUCUGAACCACCACUGCAAGAAAGGCAAAGUGUGUGAGGUCGACGAGAGCAACAGCCCCAUGUGUGUGUGCCAGGACCCGUCCACCUGCACCGCCGCUGAGGGGGAGUUUGAGCAUGUUUGCGGUACCGACAACAAGACCUACGACACCUCAUGCAACUUCUUCGCCACCAAAUGCACCCUGGAGGGAACCAAGAAGGGCCACAAGCUGCAUCUGGACUACAUCGGACCCUGCAAAUACAUCGAGCCCUGCCUGGACAGCGAGUUGAGCGAGUUCCCCCUCCGCAUGAGGGACUGGCUCAAGAACGUUCUGGUGACUCUGUACGAGCGCGAUGAAGAUCACAGCCUGCUGUCCGAGAAGCAGAAACUCAGGGUACAGAAGAUCUAUGAGAAUGAGAAGCGGCUGCAGGCUGGUGAGCACUCUCUGGACCUGCUGGCCCACGACUUCCAGAAGAACUACAACAUGUACAUCUUCCCCGUCCACUGGCAGUUCGGCCAGCUGGACCAGCAUCCCUCCGACGGGUACCUGACUCACACCGAGCUGGCGCCUCUGCGCGCUCCCCUUAUUCCCAUGGAGCAUUGCACCACCCGCUUCUUUGAUCAGUGUGACUCUGACGAUGACAAGUACAUCUCUCUGGAGGAGUGGGCUGCCUGCUUCGGCAUCAAAGAUCAGGACGUGGACAAAGAUCUCGUCAUCUAAAGUCCUCUGGGCGGCAGCCUGAGAAUGCAAAGUGGUUACUAACCGAACGAGGUGCUGAUCCCUAACUUUAAACAAAGAUAAAUCACAGUAACGGUGCUACCUGUAUUCUACUUUUACCAUUUCACCUUUCCUUUCUAUACCACUAAAAAGAAAAAAAAAAGUUGUUGUGCACAGUCUGUAUAUGAUCAUCCCGUCUUUAUUCUGGUUUGUUGGACAAAGCACAAAGUAAAAAAUGAACAGACGACCUCGCAGUGGAUGUAGAUGUUUGGACCGGGCUCAGAUGACGUUUUUGACAGUGAUUUAAUAUAUUCACAUUUUGAUUUGAUUAAGAUUUUAAUUUUAAAAACAAGUAUCAAAUUGGAACUUUAUCUUCAGGAGACCAAACUGUAAAGUCAAAAAUAAAGUUUCUAAAUAAACGCUCCCUUUGCUUGCUUUCUACGGGA